UAUGUCCAAAUCUGAAAGAAUUAAUGAAAAUUCUGAAAAAAAUCCAGCUUAUAAACUUCAGACAGAUUUAGGUUAUAUCAUUAAACGAACAAGAUCUAAACCAGCUGUAAUUCGCUAUGCCAGAUUCUCAAUAACAAAAGAACCAGAAAAAUAUUAUCUUAGUAGUUUACAGCUAUUUUUACCACAUCGUAUAGAUAAACAAUUAAAACCAAUAGGAUUUGAGACAUAUGAAACAUUUUACAAAUCUGGUUCAGUCAAAAUAAGUAAACAAAUUGAAGAUGUUAAAGAUAUUGUUGAUAAUAAUCGUAGCUUAUUCGAAAAAGAUAAAAUAAAUAUUGAUGCUGCGACUGACAUAAUAGAAAAAUGUGGAGCAAACUUAAAAGAUGCUUGGUCAUCAUUGGAUAUAGAAAAUCAAGUGGAUAAUCUUCAGUGUCUUGACAUACCAGAUGAGAAUAUACACGAUGGCGUUGAGGAAAUUGAAAUACCAGAUUUGAUAGGGAUCAGAAAAGACAACAAAAAUCACGAAAAGGAAUCAUAUAAUACUAUUGUAAGUAGAACAGAAGCUAUACCCAUGUUAAGAUCACUGAACAAAUUACAAAUGGAUGUAUUUUAUAAAGUAAGAGAAUUUUGUUUGAACAAGAUACAUAGGAAAAAUGCAGAACAAUUUAUGUUAUUUUUGUCUGGAGGAGCUGGGACUGGAAAAAGCUAUGUCAUUAAGAGUAUAUACUAUGAAGCUAAUAGAUUAUUAUCUCAAAUAACAGAUAAUCCAGAUGAACAGACAGUUCUCAUGGUCUGUCCGACCGGCGUAUCAGCUAUGAAUCUAGGAUGCAGUACAAUUCAUAAUUCUUUGAAGAUCCGAACUGAUAUAAAGUUACCCUAUGUUGGACUAGGUUUAGACAAGAUAAAUAGUUUAAGAGCUGAUUUAGGUCAUUUACAAAUACUUAUUAUAGAUGAGAUUUCUAUGGUGAGCCCAAAGUUAUUAUGUUAUAUCCAUGGAAGGCUUCGACAAAUAAAACAGUGUGCUGACUUUACACCUUUUGGAAAUGUUUGUAUAAUAGCUGUAGGAGAUUUCUAUCAAUUACCACCUGUAAAAGCAAAACCACUAUAUAGAAAUACUGAUGACCUUACCAAUUUGUGGCAAAAUAAUUUUAAAAUUGUCGAAUUAAAAGACAUAAUGAGACAAAAAGAUGAUUUGACUUUUGCACAAGCUUUGAAUAGAAUAAGAACAAAGCAGAAGGGUGAAUCUCUCAGUCCAAAAGAUGUUGAUCUGUUAAAAAGUCGCGAGAUUGAAGACUAUGAUGAAAAUGUUCUACAUAUAUUUGCUACUAAUGCUCUGGUAGAUGAACAUAACACUAAGAUGCUGAGGAAGCUAUGCGACAGACUAAUUCGUAUUGAUGCAAAUGACUUCUCAAAGGAUGAAAGAACAGGUAAAAUGAUUAAGAUAAAUACAAUAACUUCAAAAGAUGUAGAUACCUGUUUAAGUAAUGUAAUAAAUAUUGCUGAAAGUGCAAGAGUCCUACUAACAAAAAACCUGGAUGUAUCAGAUGGAUUAUGCAAUGAUGUAUUUGGUUAUAUUCGUCAUAUUGCCUUUGAUAAAGAUGAAAAUGUAAAACUAAUUUAUGUGGAAUUUGAUAAUAAAAGAGUUGGAGCUAAAAUUCGAAAAAACACAGUUUUACCAGAAAAUGUACCAAAUAAUUGUAUUCCAAUUGGCAGACAAGAGGAGAAAAAUUACUGCAAUGAUAUAAGACGUCAAUUUCCAUUGAAACUGGCAUAUAGCUGUUCUAUUCAUAAAACUCAAGGCCUCUCCCUUUCAAACGCUGUUGUUUCAUUAAAAAAAGUUUUUGCACCAGGUCAAAGUUAUGUGGCGUUGUCUCGAGUUACAUCUUUGAAUGGGCUUGUUGUUAAAGAUUUUAAUGAGAAACUUAUAUAUUGUGAUAAGACUAUAACCAAUUCAUUGAAUGAAAUGCCCCUCUACAUUGAACCUAGUACUGAAGAACGUUCAAAAACUGUGCUAAUUCUCCAUAAUAUACAAGGUUUAAACUCUCACUUUGAAGAUUUAAAAAAUGACUAUAGAUUUACUGAGUCUGAUUAUAUAUGUUUAACUGAAACCUGGCUAAAUGAGGUUGGAGGUAGAAAUUUUGAACUUAAUGAUUUUAGUUUACACAGUAAAUCAAGACAGGCAUCUUAUGAUAAUUCUCAUACGUUUACAGAAUUAAGAAACACACUCCAUGGUGGUGUAGGCUUAUAUUACAGAAAGAAUAGAAUGUGUCAUUUAUAUAAUUUAGGUGUAUUUAAUAUUGAGCAUAUUGCAUUUGGUUUACCAGACAUAAAUUUAACUAUAGUUGUCAUAUACAGGCCACCAUGUUAUAAAACUGAUUUAUUUAUUACAUAUUUACAGAAAUUAUUAGAUGAACUUGAUGAUUUUGGAGGUAGUGUUAUGAUAAUGGGUGAUUUUAAUGAAGACAUUUUAAAAGGUAAAGCUGCAAUACAACAAUGUAUGGAGAAGAAUUUUUAUAAGCAGUGUGUCACAGAAAUUACAACUGAUGGUAAUACUAUUUUAGAUCUUAUUUUUGUGAAGAAUUUUAAUUGAACCUGCACAUGUCGAUAUUUCCAUUUACCAGGUGCUAAAUGAUUAAGAUACUAAUUACACAAUACAUUAAAUAUUUACCAAUAGCUAAAGUAAUAAGAUACAACUACAUUUAACUUCAUGUUGUAUU